AUGCAGGACGGCGGCGGCGGCGGCAGCGGAGGAGGAGGGGUUUCCACUCAGGAGGCGGCGCCCACGAAGCGGGUGCGGCGGCCGAAUGUGAGACUGAACCAGCCCUAUUACGUGAACGCCGCCCACGGCCGUGGCCCCGUGCAGCAGCGGUGGGAUGCUUUCAAGAAAGACUUGGAGGGAGCCAGAAAAUCGAAAACCCUCAAAACUUGUAAUUCGAAAAACGGUAAAUUGAUCAAUGCCGAAGGAACAAAGGGCUCGAAUCUCGAUAAUGAUGAUGAUGAUGAUGAUGAUGAUGAUGAUAUGGUUAUAGGGAGUUGGAAGAAUUUGAAUUCAUCGAAAAGGGAUAGCGGAUUCGGCUCGAAAUCGAAGCGGAAGCGAGCGGGGCCCUCGAAUUUCAAGAAACGGCUUUCCUCAGAAUCCAUCAAUAAGAAAGACGAAAAAUUUGAAGUGUCCAACGUCAGCGAAAGUGAAAAUCGAAGAGCCGAAGAAGAAGAGGAAGAGAAUUCGGGUGCUAAUGGGGCCCACAUGAAUCUUGAAGUGUCGUUCGACAAUGAGAAACUAACCGAUGGCGAUAAUGAUUACGAUGGCGACAAUGUAGUUGAAAAACAGGGGAAGUUGAUGAGUGGCGAUCACGAUUUGGUGGAUGGAGAAGAAAAGAACGGUGUGAGGGUUUGGUUGAAUGAAUUAGGGUUAGGCAAAUACGCCAACAUAUUCGAGUUUCAUGAAGUGGAUGAUGCGAUUUUGCCGUUUUUGACUUUUGAAGAUCUAAAGGAAAUGGGAAUUGGUGCGGUUGGAUCGAGGAGGAAAAUGUACCGUUCGAUUCAGAAGCUCGGUCAAGGGUUUUCUUGA